AUGUCAACCAUUAAGAUUGAACCAGAAACGUUAUCGUUCACUGCUCCAUUGACUGCGGAAUCCACAGACUAUAUUGAAAUCACUAACGAUAGUGAUGAAGUAUUUGCAUUUAAAGUCAAGACUACUGCUCCAAAACUCUACUGUGUCAGACCUACUGCUGGGAAAGUUUCUCCUGGUGAAAUGAUGAAGAUAGAAAUAAUAUUUUUGGGUCUGACUGAAGAACCACCAAAGGAUAGUAAAUGUAAGGAUAAAUUCCUUGUAUUGACAUUGCCAGCUCCUUACGAUCUGGAUGGUAAGAGUGUCCCUGAACUUUGGAGUAGUCUAGAGGCCGAAUUCAAGAAGGAUAUGGUCUCUAAGAAGAUUAAAGUUAAAUAUUCCGAAGCUUCGACUCCAGCUACUACUUCUACCCCAGAAGUUAUUGCUCCAGUUCCUGUCCCUGCUGAACAAAAACCUAUUGUACCAGAAAUUCCAGAGGAACCUGUUGUAGAAGAAGUCAAGCAAACUGUUCCAGAGACCAAGAAGGAAAUUGCUACCCCUGUUAAAGCUCCGGUCGAAACUCCUGUUACUGCUAUCCCAGCCGCUGUUCCAGCCGCUGUUCCAGCCGCUGUUGCUGCUGCUCCAGUUGAGACUGCUACUGAUGAGAAAUCCUCAACCCCUGUAGUCAAUUACGACGUUCCUCUUGCUAAAGGCCAACAAACAGACUCUACCACCAGCAAUUCCAACAUACUAUUGUUAAUUGCUAUUGUAAUUUUCCUCCUAGCAUGGUUAUACUACUAA